AUGCUACUCUCGAUUUGCAUUUUGGCCUUCGCAGUAUGCUUUUCGUAUGCAAUAAAUGCGACAGUAUAUGAUCCAUUGUCUUUAGCAAUCAAUAAGAAUGCCAGUGCAAGGAGUGCUAAUUACCCAUUUUAUAUCCAAGCUUUUCCAUACGAUUUCAACUGCCAUGGUAACCUCUCGUUCCUUCAAAGUCCUCCUCCUAUUGACGGACAAGGAGUCUAUUCGAGUAUGAAUAAUGUCAGCUCGUUUUUGACGGUUCCUGCGGAUAAUACCAGUGUCACCUGUGUGUACACAGGAUACGACAAAAGGACAUGCUAUUCGGGAGAUUCUCCAAAAUGCUUUAGUAUAUCAAGCAGUAUAAACAACGUAGAUGUUUCCAUGAAUGAUUCUUCCCAUGUACUCGAUGUGGACAAUGGGUUUCACGUCGUGUACACCGAGAGUUACUAUAUAAUUACCCCACAAACCACGUAUGCAUAUGUUAAUGAAAGCCUCGAAAAACCUAAACACGAUCCGUAUGCAAUAUAUAGAAUCUAUUUGUAUUCUUGUGACGGUAAUCAAACGUGUAUGUUUGAUUACUUGAGUGGGGCCUUAACCAGAGAUAAACAGAGAUGUGGUCGAGAGUAUUCUAUUAAAAAUAGACACUUUGAAAAUAAAGAAAAAUUUGUAGCUUAUUUUGACGCACAGCGACAAAAUACUGCAAGACAGACGAGUCUGUCUUUUAUCCCCCCAAAGUUCAAGGCGAUUUCUAAUGGGCAAGCAGUGACCCAAAUUGAGUUGGAGUCAUCCAUAAAUUAUGUCGAUUCUGGCAUAGAUUGUAUCUCUUCAUCUACCUCUGUUCGCAUGAAAUAUGGGCCGCUGUGCAUUUGCUUAGCUUUUGGAUUGAUAAUGUCGAUUUUUUCAUAA